GAUGUCUAUCACGGCUCGGGUUGACGGGUACGUAAUCGGCCCACAUGGUCCGUAGCAGAACGCACACGGCAGUUCAACGACAUAGCGAUUUCCUGAACUACACGGCAAGGCUGUACUUAGUUCGCGAACCAACUCCACCGGCGUCGCCUGGGUACAGCGCGAUCUGUGCUGACCCCUGGAGCCAGCCGACAACCACAACACCCGUCUAUCCGACGCUUGAAGUGCAUUGAAGAUCGAGUCAUGGCUGAGAAGAGGCUAGCUGAUAAACAUGGGGCCAACCUAAGGGUGGUGGAAUACAAGGGGGAGUACCUGCCCUAUGUGCCGGACAUCGCCGAGAAAGUUAGCCGUCUGCACGAUCUAGAGGUCCGCUCCGAUGACGUUCUGAUAUGUGGAUACCCGAGGUCAGGCACGAACUGGGUAUGGGAGGUUGUUACCAUGCUGCUGACGGGGCUCGCCGAGAAUUCCAAACAGGCUAAGAUCGAGUUUAUGUUGGAAUAUCGGGAUUUGACCCACCUGAAUCAACUCCCGUCCCCCCGGGUCCUUAACACGCACCUGGAUCUGGAGCAUCUCCCCCAGGGGUUUGUGGAAAAGGGCUGUAAGAUGCUUUACCUCUCCCGAAACCCGAAAGAUGUGGCCGUCUCCAUGUUUCAUUUCGUCAGCAGCGACCUGCUUUCCGAUUACCAGGGAAGCUGGGACGGCUUUCAAGAUCUCAUGUUACGGGGAGAAAUGAUGUACGGCAGUUGGUUUGAGAACAUUAAAAGGUGGGACAAGCUUAUUCAGAGCCGAAAUGACCUCCAAAUCUUCCAUCUUCGAUUUGAGGAUCUAAAAAUAGAUUUCUCUCACCAGGUACGUCGCCUCGCUCAGUUUCUCGGAGUCAGCCACAAGGAUGAGUUUUAUGAAGAAGUAGAGCGUAAAUGUAACUUUAAAAACCUGAAAGCAGCUAAAGACACGUGUUUUGAUGAGGAAGAGAAAAGCUACUGGCGUGGUGGAGUGCCUGCUUAUAUGAGAAAAGGUACCAUUGGGGAUUGGAAAAACACAUUUACCGUGCAGCAAAAUGAAGAAUGGGACAAGAAAAUUACCUCUGAAUUACGAGAUGUCCAGAUAACCUUCAAAUAUGACUUUGACAGCUGAUUUGGAGAGGCCACCUUGAUUUCACGUGGAAAUGUUAAAGUAACAUUCUCUGUGCUGAAAACAGGUCCGAGUGCACGUAUCCGCUUCCUUCAGGAAAACUGAAAAUCGAUGUUGUUUAUAUAACCAGAUGGUUUUUUUCACAAAUGGGUGAAAAAUUAGGUAGAAAUGUGAGCUUCUGUCUCUGUAUGUACGCAUGUACAUGUAUAUAAGUUGUUAAGGCUAUAGGGGGCUUCAUUGAAAGUCAGAGGCUACGUUAUCGGCUGCGGGGAAGGUGUACACCAUAAACUGGCAUGCUACAUUGUAUUUACCGUUAAGGCUCAGCAUUUUGACAUGAAAAGCUACAUUUUUUUACCAGAAAGCUACAUUAAAACCCUAUCAUUACUUGGCUGAUAAGAUGUCUCGUGGGCCGACAUCUUACUUUAUACAUGUAGUCUACCAAGCUGUUUGAAAGGCUGGAUGGCAAUAUUUGUUAUAAGCUGAAAUGUCACAUUAUAAGUUCUAAAGUUUCAUUUUAGGAUAUACCGGUAUUCAGCAAGCUUGAUGUCGCUGUAUGUACGAGAUGUAUCACCAGUCUUGGCUGUCACACAUACAGAAGUGUCCAUACAGAUAAUGACGUCAUAUAUCAAGUACCUACUCUGAACUCUGUAUGUACUGUAUAACUAAACUGUACUGAACCUAAAUUGCACUGCACAUCUAACUCUUCUGCAUACCUAAACUGUAGUGUAUAACUAAACUGUACUGAACCUAAAUUGCACUGCACAUCUAACUCUUCUGCAUACCUAAACUGUAGUGUAUAACUAAACUGUACUGAACCUAAAUUGCACUGCACAUCUAACUCUUCUGCAUACCUAAACUGUAGUGCAUAACUAAACUGUACUGAACCUAAAUUGCACUGCACAUCUAACUCUUCUGCAUACCUAAACUGUAGUGUAUAACUAAACUGUACUGAACCUAAAUUGCACUGCACAUCUAACUCUUCUGCAUACCUAAACUGUAGUGUAUAACUAAACUGUACUGAAUCUAAAUUAUAUUGCACAUCUAACUCUUCUGCAGACCUAAACUGUAGUGUAUAACUAAACUGUACUGAAUCUAAAUUACAUUGCACAUCUAAACUCUUCUGCAGACCUAAACUGUAGUGUAUAACUAAACUGUACUGAACCUAAAUUGCACUGCACAUCUAACUCUUCUGCAUACCUAAACUAAAUCACUUUAAUGUGAAACACAAGUACAUGUAGUGUUGUUCCGAAAAAUGAAGCCAGUUUGCUCGCUGUAUGUCAGUAUUAUAUUAUUGUUAUGAGGUGUUUACUUUAACAUUCUCUAGUCACUGGCUGAUUCCACAGAAAAUACUGUGUUGUUGAUGUUCACGUCAUCGCUUUCCAUUUAAUACUCCUGACUAUGACAUAGUACAAUGCUGCAUUAUUGUGUGCAAGAUAAUGUCUUAUUUCGAAAAUGCAAGGUCUAACGUUCGCUAAAGAUCACUUGUCUUCCAUCAGUAUGGUGUGCUUUUCUGUACAUCACAUGUGAGAAAGUUCGUCUGUAACUUGCCAAAGAUCAGUGUUUUACAGAGUAUAAGUAAACAUUUCCUGUUGGUGUUUAGCAAAAAACAAGCAAAUAAAUAAAAUAAAAUGCAUUUUCGAAUUUGUAAAACUUUUGUAACGAAAGUUGAGUACUUUUUUACCAGACAAAAGCUGACCGAUCAGGUCCAUGUAACACAAAAAAUAGACAAUAAAUGUCGUUGA